AAACACAGUAAUCCUCAUCCAUCCCUAUGACUGCAGUGUGCCGAGGGCGACAGACGGUGAAAGGAGGCAGCCCGUGGAGAGCGCGCAUGAUCCAGACGCUUCACCUGACGCGCGUGUGGGAGGACGUCGGCGCCAGAGGACAUGGUGUGGACUUCUUUUUCCCUCUUCUUUCUUCUCUCUCUCUCCACCUUGUGGGAGGAUCCGUCCACGUAACGCAGAGCAAACACGCUCCGCUGCUCGUCGUUGCUCUUUCCUCCUUCGGCGUCGACGCGUCGCCGGUGACGAAGCCGCAGCCCGGAGAUGCGCAGCAGAGGACACGGACGCGCCGACCACAUCUGAGCCCCUCCGCACGGCUUCCUGCACCUUGGGCUGCUCUCCGAGGGAGAGGAGGGAUUCGUUGCCGAGCUCGUCCUUGUGAGAACCACAGAGGAUGAACACCAUUCACUCGCGGGUGAAGAGCCGGCGGACCGAGUCCAGCCUCGGAGCGGAGCGCGAGCAUUUCGACAAGCAGCAGCUGAGCAGCAUCAGCAAAGCAAUCAACUCCACUGAGACGCCUGUGAAGGAGAAACAUGCACGACGAAUCAUCUUGGGGACUCACAGGGAGAAGGGAGCCUACACCUUCUGGUCAUACGCUCUGGGCUUCCCUCUGGCCAGCAACUCCAUCCUCAGCUGGAAGUUCUGCCACGUACUACACAAAGUCCUGCGGGACGGCCACCGCAAUGUUCUACAAGACUGCAUGAGACAUCACAGUUCUCUAGUUGAAAUAGGGAAACUAUGGGGCAACCUCCAUGAUAAAUACGGACAGCUGGUGUUUCUGUACAGCAAGCUGCUCUGCACAAAAUUGGAGUUUCAUGUGAAGCGUCCAACAAUCCCACCGAACCUGGAGGUUACAGAUGAAGUCCUGGAGCGCACUGCAGGGACAGACAUUAAUAAUGUGUUCCAGCUCACAGUGGAGGUGUUUGAUUACCUGGACACAGAGCUGAGGCUGGCGGAGACAGUGAUCCGACAGCUCAACACAUCCAUCGCCAUCUCCACUCUCACAUCUGGCCAGUGUCGCCUGUCUCCCCUCAUCCAAGUUAUCCAGGACUGUAGUCACCUCUACCACUACACCGUCAAGCUGCUGUUCAAGCUGCAUGCCUGUCUCCCUGCUGACACCCUACAAGGUCACCGUGAACGCUUCCAUGACCAGUUCCACAGCCUUAAGACCUUCUUCAAUAAAGCAAGAGACAUGAUGUACUUCAAGAGACUGAUCCAGAUCCCGAAGCUGCCUGAUUCCCCACCUAACUUCCUGCACGCAGCUUCACUGGCCAAACACGUGAAGCCAGUGGUGGUCAUGGCUAACGAGGACGAACCAGAGCAACAAGACGACGACGAUGACGACCCAGAGCCGCUCAUCGAGGUCAGCGACUUCGCCACAUCCAGCGUACAGGCACAGCCACAGGAAAUUGACAUAUUUGAUCAGGCAUUUGGGCCUGCAAAUGGAGGUUUCGAUGACAGGGAUCUUCAGAUUGAGAGCCUCAAGCGUGACCUCGAGUUGUUGAGAGCAGAUCUGGAGAGAGUCAAAGCAGAGGCUCAGCGCUACAUCACGCAGCUCAAGUCCCAAAUCAACAGUUUGGAGGCAGAGCUGGAAGAACAACGUGCUCAGAAACAACAUGCUCUCGUGGAAAAUGAGCAGCUGCGCAUGGAGCUUGAGGCCACGCGUCGCAGAAACGCAGAACAUGAGGGCCUACAGACCACCUUCAUUGAGGCAGACCAAAGAGCACAGGCCACUGAGCAACGGUACAAUAAGCUGAAGGAGAAGCACACAGAGCUGGUUGCCAGUCAUGCUGAACUACUCCGGAAGAGUGCAGACACUGUGAAGAUGCUGUCAGCAACCCAGCAGACCCAGGAAGAAGUGGAGAGGACCAAACAUCAGCUGUCGUUCGAGAUCGAUCGGAUAAAACAGGAAGCUGACAUGAAGCUGGAGGAGCAGAAAUUUGAGAUGGAGAAGCUGAAGCGAGAGCUGGAGGAGAAGAUGGCAGAAGUGAUGCGCAUCAAGGCAACUCUGCAGAGCAGCGAGAAGACAUCGGGCCAAAUGAACAGCUCAAUGACAGCUCUGCAGGCAGAGAAGGAGCGUCUGAUGCGAUCUGUGAGUGAGAAGGAGGCGGAGCUGUCUUCUCUGCGGCAGACGGCGCAGGUGCAGCAGUCAUCACUUCAGCAGGAGCGAGAGAGGAGCAGCAGGGAGCUGGGGGAUCUGCAGGGCAAACUGCAAGAAAAGGCGAAUCAGGAGGAGCAGCUGAAGCAGAAGCUUCUGGAGGAGCAGUUUGCUCUGCUGCAGGGCACCAUCACAGAGGCCGAGAACAUCAUCCAAGAUGCUGUUGCUAAAUUGGACGAUCCCCUUCACGUACGCUGCACUAGCUCUCCAGAUUAUCUCGUGAGUCGGGCGGAGGCUACACUGGGCUCCAUCGACAAGGUCAAAAAGGGCCAUGCAGAUUAUCUGAGUAACAUGGGCGAUGCUGGAGGGCUGCUGAGGGCUCUGACCCAGUUCUCACACCUGGCUGCGGAUACAAUCGUCAACGGCAGCGCUACUGCACACAUGGCGCCCGUUGACCAUGCAGACCGACUGACAGAGAACUGCAGAGGCUGUGCCACCCAGAGUCUGCAGUACUUGAAGGACCUGAAGUCCAAGACAACCCUCCAGAAGGCAGACCCGGCCUCCGUUCGCAUAAUUGUUCAAAAGAUCUUGCAUUUGGGCCAGGAGCUGCGGCCAAAAGGCAUGGACAUUCGUCAGGAUGAGCUCGGAGAUCUUGUCGAUAAAGAAAUGGCUGCAACAUCAGCAGCUAUUGAGGAGGCGGUUCGUAGGAUUGAUGAAAUGAUGAAUCAGGCACGAAAGGACACUUCAGGAAUCAAACUGGAGGUCAAUGAAAGAAUUCUCUUCAGCUGCACUGACCUGAUGAAGGCCAUCCGCAUGCUGAUCAUAGCUUCUACAGAUUUACAAAAGGAGAUUGUCGAGAGUGGGCGGGGUGCAGCCACCAUUAAGGAGUUCUACGCCAAAAAUUCUCGCUGGACUGAGGGACUCAUCUCUGCUGCCAAGGCUGUGGGAUGGGGGGCCACCGAGAUGGUAGAGUCCGCUGACAAGGUGGUGCUGCACACGGGCAAAUAUGAGGAGUUGAUUGUCUGCUCUCAUGAGAUUGCUGCUAGCACUGCACAGCUGGUCGCUGCCUCGAAGGUUAAGGCAGACCGCAACAGUAAGAAGCUGUCAGUUCUCCAGCAGGCUUCUCGCCAUGUGAAUGAAAUGGCAGCCAAUGUGGUGGGCUCAACAAGGACGGGCCAGGAGCACCUGGAGGAAAAAGAUACCAUGGACUUCUCUGGGAUGUCCCUCAUCAAGUUGAGGAAAGAAGAAAUGGAGUCACAGGUGAAGGUACUCGAAUUAGAGAGUCAGUUGGAGAAUGAGCGACUGCGUUUGGGUGAGCUUAGGAAGAAGCACUACAACUUGGCUGGAGUUCCUCCAGAGCAGGUUUCUGAGGGGAACGGAGACACCUCCUCUCUUGCCCAUCCUGCGUCUAUGUCACCCAAACCCAAACCUGCUCUUAUGAAGAAGCCUGCAAUGGCCCAGAAACCCAACAUGCUCCCCAAAAAUACAUUCAAGUAAACACCUGAGCAGCAGAUGAGUGCUCCACUACCAGAUGUUUGGUUUGACCAGAGAAAGAUUGCCUUUUUGUGAACAUACAGUUCCUUUGAGUUGCAUGCUGAUAAUCCUCCUUCUCACCCUGCAUCAUGCUGUUCAUCUCUUCUUCAUUUUUUGUUUUUGUUUUUGCCAAAUAGGCCAGAUGCCGGAUUAUUGACCUGUGAUGUCAGUGAUUUGCCGUCUUAACACUUUUUUUUUUUUUGUUUUGUUUUUUAAGAUUUGUAUUCAUGCCAUCCUGGCAGAGCCCCUUAUUAUUUUAGUGCUUGGCAUUGUGAACAAAAAAGGUCAAUAUUAUACUUUAAUACUUUGUGAAAGUGUUUUUUUCUGCAUCACAAAAAUUUUAGAUGAUUCUGCACUAUUGUUUUUAGAAUACACACCUUGAUAAUGACCACAAAUCAACACCAUAUCUUUUUUGGCAAAACUUUGUUUUGAUCAUGCUUUGGACAACCUUUUUUGCACACUGUUUUGGACGUUCGUUACAGAGCACGUCACAUUUUUCUUAAUGUACACUGUAUGUUAUUUAUGUUGUGGUUGGGGGGUAAAGGAAACUGGGGAAACACAUUGCGUGCGUCCAUGUUGAUACAAAACUUUUACAUACCUCUGGCUUUGCCUUCAUGAUGGGCAGUUUUCCUCUUAUGUGCAAAACCGCUUUCUUUCUCAGCAGUGCAAGAUUGUCUCAGAGGCCUUGACAUGUACUGUGCUAAAUGAUUGAAUAAGACUUGUUACAUCUGUAUAGAAGUGUGUGAUUCGCACCUGGUAUAAUUCACAGUAUAUCUACACUCAUCUUUUGAAUGUCCCUUAUUAGUGAAGACCCUGGAUAUUAUAUGAAAGCUUAUAGAUAGACUUAAUUCUUGCACACAACUUUCAGGUGGAGGUGUCCCUAAUCAUCAAGUGCUUAGUUUAGGGUGAAUGUGGAGAUUUAGGUUUCAUGAAUGAAGGUGUACACUUUGCCUUUGGGAGCUUUUCUUACAGGGUCUUAAAAUGCAUCUGUGUAUGUUCUGUCCUUUCCUCAGUACGAAAAGUCUUUAUACACUCAGAUCUCUUAAUAUAUUUUAGUAAAGAUAAUGGUUGUUUCUCCUUAUAAGAAGUAUAAAUGUGAAAGAAAUGAACAAUAAAUGUUUGAUUUUAAUCAUC